CCCCACUACCCAGCGUCCUGAGCUCUGAGGGUCUGGUCCGAGGACAUGGGAUGGAGCCCUGCAUGCUACACAGCGUCAAACAGCUCACUCUAGACAGCAAGAGAGCAAACAGGAGGCCAACUCGCCCCUACACAGACACAGCAGCUCCCAGAGGGCAGGGCUCAUGGUUUCUUUUAUGAUCUUGCCAGCACAGUGUGGGUUGAAGGCGAGCUAUAUUUUAACAAUCAAAAGAAUAAUAAACAAGCAGCUCAAUGGGCCAGUGGGGUGGUGCAGCAGCUCUGCAGCGGAGCACUGUGCUGCCAACCCCGCACCCUGAUGAGGUCUGCGGUGUGACUUAGAUCCCAUCCUCUCUCCUGCAAGACCACUGUGUGGUCCGCUGGCUUCGAGGAGAGAUGUGUAGCACACCUGAGGUACUGUCUGGUGUGGAACUGUGCACUCUGUGGGACAGGCCAGGAAGAAAGUGGGGUGGUCAGUGACCCGGGGAUAAGAGGGGAGUGGCCGGAGUUAAGCUGCCAGGCCCUGGCCUACUUGUUCAGAGCAGGGGCACAGAGAAACAGGAAGUGCUACUCAGCCAUCCCCAUCCUAUCCCCUCCCACAGCUGUAGCUGCCCUCUCCUGGCCAGACCUCUAGGGCACCAACAGUUCAUAGCAGCACCACUUAGCCCAGCCCCUCCGAAGAAGAGGGUACACAAGGAGGCCCAGCUGCAGAGGGGGAGGAUGACAGCACAGUGAGGAGGAAGGAGAAGAAAACUGAGCAGCCAGACUGGCUGGCAGGCCACAGGGAGGCGAGGGCAGUGCUUCCUUCCCCGAGUUACUGCUGCUUUGCCAAGAAAACCUGGAGUCACCCUGGAAUGGCCUGGCCCCACCCUGGGAGGAGCCGAGCCCUUUACAGGCUGCUUCCCGUUAACACACCCUCUGCCCCCUUCCCCUAUUCUUGCAGGCUCUGCUAAUGAAGGCCUGUCACCAGGCCCCAGAACUGAGUCACCUGCCCAGGACAGGUCUCUCUCCCUCCUGGGCUCCUCCCAGACACACUGGCUGGGGCUGGGGUGCCCGGGCUGUGGUAAGACAGGAAGCAGCAUGGUGACACACAUGGCAGGCUGCCCCCAGACCAGUCUCAUGAGGAAUCUGAAGCUCCCCGUCGCCCUGGGGUGUUGGUCACAGCUGCCCAGCUUCUGCCUGCAGAUGCUGCAAUUACCUCAGAGCAUGAAACCUGGCUUCCCACCUGACUGAGUCAGCUGAAAACAAAACACUGCCACAGACUGGCACAAACAGCCAAGCCACUAAUCAGAGUCCCACAGCCACCGUCAGAGAAGGCACAGUUCUCCACUGACCGGGACACGGCAGUGCCCAGAGCGGCUAAAGAGGAGAGCUGGGUGCAUCUGCCUCUGCCUGCGGAAGGAGCCGUGAGAGGAUCUCCCUCUGCCACCCAGCUGCCCUUGCCCCAGCUACGUAAGUGCUCCACUCCCGCUGGGGUUUUUUCCACUGCCCUAUCAGGUAACCAGGCCACUCCUGUCCCUGUGGGGCCUCUUGCUGCCAGGACUCCCAGCUCUUUGCUCUCCUGGACAAACUGCUCCUUCCUGGGCCUCGUGUCACCAUCCAAGAUGCUGGCCAGAGGACUGUGCUGAGCAGAAACCCAGGCCUGCACUUCGAGUGCACUCAAUCUGUCCCUGACCCUUGGCAUUCACUGCCCAGCAGGGACCUGAUGGUCACUAGCUGCUGCUGAGUGCCUGACUGAGGUGCCAGGCUGACUGCUGGCUCCCUUGGGUCCCAUGGAGACCUGGCGGAAAGGCUCCUUCCGCAAUGCCUCCUUCCUCAAGCGGCUGACCCUGGGGCGGCCACGGCAACUCCGGCGACAGGGCAGUGUACUGAGCCAGGCUAGCACUGCCGGUGGUGACCACGAGGAAUACAGCAACCGAGAGGUUAUCCGGGAACUGCGAGGGAGGCCAGAUGGACGGCGUCUGCCCUUGUGGGGAGAUGAGCAGCCCCGGGCCACCCUGCUGGCCCCACCCAAGCCCCCACGCCUCUACCGAGAGAGCUGCAGCUGCCCCAACAUUCUGGAGCCCCCGGCCACCUACGCCACUGCCUACUCAGCCACCCUGCCCUCGGCGCUCUCCCUGGCGGGCACCCUUCACCAGUCCUCAGAGGAAGACCUUACGGACACUCCCCCCUUCCGGCGGACACCUGCUCCGGACCUCAGUGACCCCUUCUUCUCCUUCAAGGUGGACCUGGGGAUUUCGCUUCUUGAGGAGGUUCUACAGAUGCUGAGGGAGCAGUUCCCCAGUGAGCCCAGCUUCUGAGGGGUGAGCAGGGCAGAGCUGGGGUGACAGAGGAGCUGGAGCCUGGUGACCCAAGGGAGGAGGGCACAGUUGUGCAACACGGAAAAGGCAAGGAUAGGAAUCCAGGGUUCUUCCUCCCUUCUGGAUCCUGAGCAGUUGUCCAAGUUACCCAGAAUGAAAGGACAGAGACCAGUGGGAAUGCUGGGGGUCAUUUUCUGGCAGGAGCCCUGAAGGAAGCUGCUGAAGCCAGGAAGGGGAGACCACACCCGGUAACCACAGAGGCCAGCAGAGUGACAGGAUGGCAUAGGGGCGAGUCAGGGCAAGGACACUGACUGGGCAGAAUAGACAGUGCCCUGUGCCAGCCUCCUCUGCAGCCACUGUCAGCACAGAGGUCACGGGACACAUCUGGGCCAAAGUGGUUCAACCAGGCUGAAGGGCAAAGUGGGGAGGCCUGAGAAGAGCAGGGAAAUAUGCUUGCCUCUGUCCAAUCUGGUGGGCACUUGCUACAGAUGGCUAUUUAAUACACUGAAAUAAAACCACAAAGUCAGAUGAUUCAAAUGUUCAGUUACUCCUGGUGAAUGCUACCACACUGGGAAGCACAGCAAGAACAGACAUCCCCGGACAGUCCACUGGACAGCACUGGCUAGACACUGGCCUGCAGCCAUCACGCAUAGGGUGGCAGGGAAGAGAAAAGUGUCAGAGGCUGCAGGAGCAAGAACAGGCUAGCAGAGAAGAGAGGUAGGCAGAGA